CAUAAAUGUUCGUCAAUAACAAUAGUUUGAGUUGAGAUCUUGAUUAAAAAAAACACAAGCUUGACCAACUGCGGGAGGAAUCUCGAAGAUGGCUCCUCGGAAGAAUGAAUUUGCUGCUCAAUUGUCACCCCCGCCUUAUGAAGUAGAAGCAUACACGUAUAGACGGCCCCAAUUCCGUCGACGUUUACGACGCGCUUGCUCAUUUCCGAUUGUCAUCGCGUUAGGCCUGUCAUUUGCGGUCUCAUAUCUUUGUUUGUUGAUUGGGAGAGAAACCUUAUUGAGGUCAUCCACAUCCGAUGCGUUUGCAUCGGUCGCGCUCCAGAAAUUCGAGAAGUCUAUUCAGCAAUGUGCAGCUCGCACCCGUUUCCCGUUGGAAGUGCCACCUGAGUCUCGGAAGGAAAAUCCUAGAUGGAACGGGGUGCGCGGUCAAAAUGAGACCAUUGCGCUGCGCAAUGCAACGCUGUUUGACGGAGUAUCCUUUGCUUCAGCUCCUGUAGACAUCAUUUUCUCAAAAGGGCUGAUUACAGCUGUAUCUCCUGCUUCAUCGGCGGAAUCAAUACUGGAAAAUGGCGCACAGUAUAACCUGGAUGGACGCUAUGUGACUCCAGGGCUUGUGGACAUGCAUUCGCACCAUCUCGAGAUGCCAUGGCCAGGCGUGGAGGCGGUAGACGAUGGCAAUGAGAUGCACGAGUUGUUUGGACCAUUGACUCCAUUUGUCAAGAUUACUGAAUCGCUCAAGGCAUAUGACAAGGCAACAAAGAUCAUCGCCUCGGGCGGUGUUACGUCAAGUCUUCUCAUUCCCGGCUCGGCCAAUAUCAUGGGCGGAGAAGGGACUGUUGUAAAGAAUAUCGCAAAGGCUGGCGAACUUGGUGAAUACGUGGUGGAGGAGAUGCUUCUUGAACAUGGCAUCAAUAUUGAAGACCGUCACCGCUAUAUGAAAUUUGCUUGCGGAGAAAACCCAAAACGAGUCUAUGGCCACACUCGAAUGGGCCUGGCCUACAUGCUGCGUCGCCACCUUACACGCGCAAAGGAACUGAUGGACGACCAAGACGCUUGGUGCGAUGCGGCCACUAAACUUCGUACAGACGCGCAAAGGAUUUAUUUCACAGAAGAGAAGGGCCGGCUUCCAGAGCAACUUGAACUUGAGUCAACAAUUGCUUUAAUUCGUGGACAAGUGGCGAUGCAUAACCAUUGUUAUGAACCUCAAGACUUUGAAACAAUGCUCGGGGUAGUUCAGGAGUUUGGCAUUCACGUGCGGGCUUUUCAUCAUGCAAUCGAGGCAUGGCAGGUCCCAGAGAUGAUAAAGGCCUACGGAGGCAACAUCACGAUUGCAACAUUUGCUUCGGAUUCCCUUUAUAAGCACGAAGCUUACCACCCCAGCCUGUAUGCCGGGGCUAUAUUGGACGCUCAUGGCUUGGCCGUUGCGUACAAGUCUGACCAUGGAGAUGAAUCAACUAAUGCUAAAUAUAUUUUAUCGCAAGCGGCCGCAGGACACGCUUUUCACCUUCCGGCCGAAAAAGCUCUUCAAUCCGUAACAUCUAUACCAGCAAAAGCGAUAGAUCAAGGCAAUCGUAUCGGUUAUGUUCGUGUUGGAUACGACGCUGAUAUUGUCGUUUGGGAUGACCAUCCUUUAUCGAUCGGCACAACACCGCAGCAGGUCUUUAUCGACGGAGUAGCAACUCUGAACUCCAGAGACGUGCAGGUGUCCACUGGCUCCUCUAUGGAAAGCGCUGUCAAGACAAGAAGAAUAUCAGAACCGCCGGUGAUGCGUCAGAGGUAUCAGCCUGAAGAUACAGAAAGCUUCUGCGCAUCUGCCAAGCGACAGAGCACGAGUUUUGUUAUCCAGGGAAUUAGGAAAUCAUUCUUGGACAAUCAUUCAGAUUUGUCGGCCUCAGUCUCGACAACUGGUGCCGACAAUCUCACACUCGUCGUCCAUGCUGGGCGUGUGUCUUGUUUGGACACAUCAGCCUUGUGUGCCAAAGAAAUCACAGCGACAAGCGAUGAUGCAGUCCACGUUACAUUGCAGAAUGGUCACCUACUUCCAGGGCUCACAGCCGUCACUUAUAGCCUUGGCAUGAAAGAAAUCUAUAUGGAGGAAGACACUGGAAAUGGCGUUGCAAGAGCAAAGGAUAUCAAGGACCCUGCUUCUGUCGACUAUGCUAAGUAUGGGGUGUAUCUUGACGGGAAGGCCUUUGCCAGGGCACGCGUAGGCGGAAUCACUAGGGCAAUCACAGCACCGGAAUUCCCGACAGUCGACUGGCAACCGUCCGGCUUGGUCCAGGGCGUAUCUGUUGGUAUUCGUACAUCUGGCACAAAAACCAUUUUGAACGGCGGCAUAUUCCAAGAUGAAGUUGGAUUACACGUGGUCAUUGGUCAAGCUAAUAGGGGUAUAGGAAGCGUCAGCAUGGCAAUCAAAACGCUUCGAACAAUCCUGACAGAGAACAAGGGUAAAGGUAACGAGAGCGCAUUCGGCCUGGUAGCGGAUGGCAGAAUGCCCGUCUUGAUCAAUGUGGAUAGUGUUCCACACACCCAACAAAUUGUAUUACUGAAGAAAGACUUUCCAAAUGUUAAUAUAGUGAUCGAUGGCGGCCAUGGGGCACCUCUGCUAGCGGAAGAGCUGGCUGCUGCAAAUAUCUCCGUGAUUCUGAGCAAGACACGUCCCGCACCAGCGCACUUUGACACGAAAGACACCCUUGUAGGACCUCCACUCACUCGAAGCCCUGCGAGUGUUCUGAGUGAAGCCGGUGUACACUACGCUAUUUCGGUUGCAGACGAAAUGGCGGAUUCUAGAAUCCAUGACCUAGUUCUUGAGGCGUCCUGGGUAGCCAAGUACGCCGGGCUCACUGAGCAUGAAGCUGUCCAGCUUGUCACCAAAAAUGUGGAAACAAUAUUGGGACUCAAGCCGAGUAAAGACAUAGUCGUGUGGGAGAACAAUCCGUUACAAUAUGGCGGGUCAGUCGUGCUUACAUUUGAGGAAACUGCAGAUGGCAUGCUAGCCUUGGGCACAUGCUGGCCAGAUGAUACCAUGGAUAACUCAUACUAAGCACAUAUAAGUCGUGGUAGCCGCGUUGCAAGUCGGUUGAUUGCCCCGUGAAAGGCAGUAUAGUCGGCGGUUAGGUGUUGCCAACUAAGUACUCUUCUAUGAGGCCGCCAAGGCUAACAAUGUAUGAAUGCGUCAUAAAUGUAGUUCUCAAAAAUUAGGUAUUGGCUUACAAAGUUGGU